AUGUCGACCAAACGCAAAGCGUCCAUCGAAAAGUCGACACUCCCAAAGAAGGCCAAGCACUGGUUCGCAGAAGGUCUUGAUGAGUUGAGCUCCAUCUUCAACCUCAAGUCCUACGCCUCCCUGGCAUUUGAGCAGCAGAGAAAGAAGCGAGACUGGGUUGGCGCUUACCCUGACCCCAAUAGCCCUGAGCCAACAUACACCGUUCGGGGCAAACCAGAACCAGUCAACGCGGAUCGGGACAGUACACUCCGCCAGCUUUUUUACGCAGACUCGAUCGCAUCGUUGGGGUCAGACGAGGACCAGGAUGUUGUACAAGGAAAACCCUACCGACUUGAACCCUACACCAAGCUGCCUAAUUUCACACCUGUCGACUAUCGGAACCGGUUUUCACUGUUCUCAUCUUCUACAAACGGCGCUGCGCGGAAUGGAUCCGUAUCAAACGAGACGCACUCUCCCUCCACUUCGUCACCUCCUUCCAGUAGUGCUGGUUACCGUCUGCAAUCAUCAACUCGAUUUGGGGGACUGGGUCAAAGUCGCUUCAACGACAAGUCAUUACUCAAGGCUCGCCCACGGAUGUACGCCGUCAAGACGCAAAGAGCAACGUCACAUUUUCAGUCCGUCAAGUACGACAGGGACGACUCUCCUGCCCACACCCCACCUCCCACCAAUGACGAGAGCCGCGUAAAGCAGGCUUUGGAUGCAACCAUUGGCGCCUUAAAGUCGGACAGAGAGUCAGUGUGGGGCUCAAGGAGAGGAUCAACGUCUUCAUAUGCCGAUGAGGUCGCCGAGAACCGCCGCCUCAGGGCCAUUAACCAAUCGCUGGAUGGAGAUGACUCGGACACGGAAAGGCGGCCUGGACCUCGACAACCAGCAUGGCUCAGAACCAAGUACCAAGGCAACCGAGAGCCGGCCUGGCUGCGGAACAUCAGGAAUCUUGUGAGCAGGAACCUCCCAAGUAUCGAGAAGCAACAAAGAACCCCUGGCCACCAAAGCCUUCUGGAUGAGCACGAUAGAAUCGAGAAGGAGCUUGCUGCAAGGAAGAAGGAGGAGGAAUUUGUUCCAUUGACAAAUGAUGACGAAAAACAGGUUGCUGUUGCGUUGGCGCCUGGAAACGGAGAUGAUACUAUUGUCCAAGGAUUUAACGUUGAUGUCAAGAGGAAGGAUAUUCAAACGCUCUGUCCUGGAGAGUGGCUAAACGAUGAGGUCAUUAACUUUUACGGAAACUUGAUCAUGACCCGGAGCAAAAACUCGGACUCGUUACCCAAGGUGCAUUACUUCAAAACCUUUUUCUACAAGACCUUGAGCGAGGUCGGAUAUGAGAAAGACAAUAUCUUUGCGAUGGACUAUAUCUUGAUUCCCAUCCACUGCUCAGGAAACCACUGGACUUCGGCAGUCGUCGAUAUGAAGAGGAAACGCAUAGCAUACUAUGACUCUCUUCUGGGAAACAAUCCAAAGGUCUUCCUGAUUCUUCGGGACUACUUGGAUAUGGAGAGCAAGGACAAGCAGAAGAAGCCAUUUGACUUUGAAGGGUGGGAGAACGAGUGCCCGAAGGAUAUCCCAAAACAGCGCAAUGGUUACGAUUGUGGUGUGUUCACAUGCACAUUUAUCGAGUUCAAGAGUCGAGGUGCGGAGACGUUUGAGUUUUCUCAGGAGGAGAUGCCGUACUUGCGGAAGAAGAUUGUUCUGAACAUAAUAAACAAGAGCCUUUAG